AUGAGUGGCUUCUUUGAAGAAGACGCUGCGUCCAAUAAAAAUGUAAAACCUACCCAAAAAAAAUCCAUGGAUAGUUCCAUCCGGGAUGAAGUUGAUGACUUUUUGGCCAAAUUUUUGGACUUGUCUAAUGAAGCCAAAGAUAACGAUUCCAAAGAAAGAAGCAUGCCUUUGUCUGAAAGCAUCAAGACGUUUCCCAAGGCAGCAUUCUGGUCGGUAGUUUUGUCGUCGGCGUUGAUAAUGGAAGGAUUCGACACCAAUCUCAUCAACUCAUUUUUCACGUUUCCAGCGUUUCAGAAGAAAUUUGGUACUUAUUACCCUGAAAGCGACAGCUGGGGCCUCGAGGCGAAAAGGCAAACCACCUUGAGUUUGAGUGUAUACGUCGGAGAAUUUAUUGGUUUGUUCAUCGCAGGUAUAAUAGCAGAUCGCAUUGGGUAUCGGAAGACAUUAAUUGGAGCCUUGGCAAUGGUAAUUGGGUUCAUUUUUAUUGUGUUCUUUGCUCAGAAUGUGCAAAUGUUGGUUGCUGGCGAAUUACUUUUGGGGAUUCCUUGGGGAGCAUUUCAGACAUUGUCGAUUUCAUAUGCCUCCGAAGUUUGUCCAAUGGUUCUUCGAGUCUACUUGACAACUUAUGUCAAUGUUUGCUGGGUAUUCGGACAACUUAUAUCUGCUGGAAUAUUACGGGCGCUUGUGAACUCAAAGUCUGAGUGGUCUUUUCGAAUUCCGUUCGCUCUUCAAUGGGCAUGGCCAAUUCCUAUCAUGAUUGGAAUUUUUUUGGCACCCGAAUCUCCAUGGUGGUUGGUGAAAAAAGGUCGACUUGAAAGCGCCAAAAAGUCGGUCAAUAGGCUUCUCACAGAGAAUAGUCAUCUCCCCGAUAAGUCAGUAAUGACAGUUGCAAUGGUGAACAAAAUGCAAUUGACUGUGGAAAGUGAAAGAACCUCCAAAAACGAAGCCACUUAUUGGGACUGCUUCAAAGGACCUGAUUUCCGAAGAACAAGAAUAGCGGUUGGAGUUUGGGUGUUUCAGAACAUUACAGGCUCAGCAUUGAUGGGCUACUCAGCAUACUUUUAUACGCAAGCAGGACUUGCACCAAGUAUGGCUUUCACCUUCACCAUUAUCCAGUAUGUUCUUGGGAUUGUCGGGUGCAUUCAAUCGUGGUUUUUGGCUAAAAAUGCUGGAAGAUUUACCAUUUAUUUUUCUGGAUUGUGCACCCAAUUUGUAAUUUUGGUCAUAGUUGGAGCUCUUGGAUGUUCUGCCGACAAAAAUGCUUCAUGGGGAAUUGGCAGUAUGCUUCUAGUGUUCACACUUGUCUAUAAUUCCAGCGUGGGCCCUUUAUGUUACUGUAUCGUUGCCGAAAUGCCGUCGGUGAAAUUGCGGACAAAAACUUUGAUUAUUGCAAGAAAUGCCUACAAUGUUGCCGGCAUUGUAAUUGCGGUGAUAACCCCACAGAUGCUUAAUCCAGAAGCAUGGAAUUGGAAGGCUAAAACUGGAUUUUUCUGGGCCGGAUUUGCAUUGGCUGGACUUAUCUGGUGCUGGUUUGAUUUGCCUGAAACGAAAAACAAGACUUUUGCCGACUUGGAUGCCUUGUUCGAGAACAAAAUUGCCAGCAGAAAGUUCAAGAGUACCGAAUUGGCAACUUUUGACGUCGGAAGAAUGAUGGAAAAUCUUGGAGAAGAAGGUAUCAAGGCGGUGGUGAAGCACCACGAAAACCCGGAAACUGAAAAGGUGUAA